AUGGACGUGCAGAGCGGAACGAGCGGUGAAGCGCGGGUGCGGUACGGAGUGGUGGGGAGCGGCAUGAUGGGCGUGGAGCACAUCCACAACCUCGCCGCCAUGGCGGCCCGCCCCGACCUCACGGGCGGCGUGGCCGUGCAGCUCGUGGCUCUCGCCGACCCCCACCCGCCCUCGCAGGCCGCCGGACUCGCCGCCGCUGCCCGCGCCGGCUGGACCGACGUGCAGGUGUUUCCCGACGUGCACAGCCUGCUGGCGAGCGGCGCAUGCGAGUGCGACGUGCUGGUGGUGGCGGCGCCCAACAUGACGCACGCCGCGCUGCUAAGAGCCAUCCUGCGCCACCCGCGCCGCGUGCACGUGCUGGUGGAGAAGCCCCUCGCCACGUCCGUGCGCGGCUGCGACCUCGUGUUGGCCCUGGCAGGGGCGAGGGAGCGGGCAGCAGCGGGGGUGGUGCAGGUGGGGCUGGAGUACCGCUUCAUGCCGCCCGUCGCCGCGCUGCUAGAGGAGGUGCGGGGGGGCGCCGUGGGGCGAGUGCACAUGGUGGCCAUCCGCGAGCACCGCUUCCCCUUCCUCCACAAGGUGGGCGCGUGGAACCGGUUGAGCGCCAACAGCGGGGGCACGCUGGUGGAGAAGUGCUGCCACUUCUUCGACCUCUUCAACCUCAUCCUCGCCGACUCCCCCACACGCGUCAUGGCAUCGGGUGGGCAGAGCGUCAACCACCUCUCUGAGGAGUACCACGGCAAGGUGUCGGACAUCUUGGACAACGCUUACGUGAUCGUGGAGUAUCAGGGGGGCGGCAGGGCUUGUCUCGACCUCUGCAUGUUCGCCGAGGGGUCGCGCAAUGAGCAGGAGAUAUGCGUGGUGGGGGACAGGGGCAAGGUGGAGGCGCUGGUCCCCGAAGGCAUUGUGCGGGUGGGCAGGCGUGAAGGGGGCAGGCAGGGUGUGGUGACUCGCACGUGCAGCGAUGGGCGCAUUCAGUACGAGGGGCUGCACCACGGGGCGAGCUUUAUCGAGCACCUCGAGUUCCUGCGCGCCGUCACACAGGGGGGGGAGGGGGCGUCGCAGCAGCUGGUGGGGCUGGAGGAGGGGCGCCUGGCCGUGGCCAUGGGCGUGGCGGCGCAUGUGUCCAUCGACACGGGUCGCCCCGUGCUGCUGGCUGAUGUGCUCUCCCAGGCCGCCGUGUGGUUGCCGGGUGUGGUAGGGGAGGCAGAGGCCCUCGCCAGCGAGGUGCCAGGUUGA